AUGGCCUACUCUCUCGUUGAUGGUGCUGUCGCUGACUUGGAGAGUAUUACUCGCCUCCAAUUUUCGGCGUUCUUGUCUACAAUUGCCAUCGAGCGUCUCGUCUAUCCCGCUGGCAUGACCCGUCGCACACUUGCCCUGGCUGUCCAAGCAAAGAAACGAAGUUUCAACCAGUCACAUGUGCGCUAUUUUAAAGUAGUCACUGAUAACGGCCAGAUCGUGGCGUUCGCACGAUGGUAUGUCUGGACCGAGGACCAACCUGAGACUGCUUGGGGGGCCCCUUUCAGCUUCACACCGCCUGAAGGGCUGCCGCCGAGUGAAUUCAACUCUGGGGCAGCCCAGCAGUAUUACCGAGGUGUAGAUACCUUGAAGAAAAACAACAUCCGGGGAAGACGGUGUCUGUAUUUGUCACUGCUGGCGACACAUCCAACCCACCACGGGGAAGGAUGCGGGAGCACUCUCAUGAACUGGGGCAUGAAGUACGCAGAGACACACGCGCUUGACCUGUACCUCAUUUCCUCACCGGAAUCGCUUCCUUGGUAUCAAAAGUUUGGCUUCUGUGUAAUCGACACGUUUUCAAUGGACAUGACCAUGGCAGGCGGAAGCGAGGAGGAUAACACAAGUGGCUUCUACACGGCCACUCUGAUGCAGCUGAGGUGCUCGAGAAACAACGCACUCUGA